AUGAAAAUAAAAAAAUAUUUUAUAAAAUUCACAAUAUUAGCUGAAAAUAAUGAAAUAAUUAACGGUUGGGUUUUUAAUAACAUAACUGGUAUUUUAUCAACACCACUUGGUUUAGCUUUGAACAAUUCAUUAAAAAAUAAAACUGGUUUAAAACUAUGGGGAUCACUUGAAAGUACAUCAACUUUUCGUAUGCAAUCAUGGUCAAAAUAUUAUUCGAUUAAUCUCAACUUUUAUCUUCAAACAUCAUCAAAUAAUAUUAUAUCUAUAAUAGAUGCAUUAACAAGUAAUGAAUUAACUACAAUUCGUGUGUCUGUAAUUUAUAUUCGACCGUCGGAAAACUAUACAAGUAAAGGAAUACCACGAACAUCUACAUUUAUAUUAAUUGAAGAUCAAACAGCUACAUGUUACUUAUCAGCAAUCGAUUUAUCACCCGGAGAAGAAAAAAUUAUUUUACUCGUUAACGAUCAAAUAUUUUAUCAAUUACUUAAUAUAAUUGGUGUAACAAUUAACAUGGCUGAUACAGAUAUAGUAUUUGCUAUGAUGUCCAGUACCAACUUAAUUUUCGAAUAUAGUGAAUUACGUAAAGAAUUACUUGCAGUUACAAAAUCAAAUUAA